CAGCUCUCUGGCUGGGGCGCCCAGGGUGUGUGUAGGGGACAACUAAAACCUGCAGCCGGGCUGUGCCAGCUGACGGGCUCAGCCUAAAGGCAGUUUAAUUGCGGUGCAGACUUUUGGGCUUCUGCUGGAGUCUGGGCUUUAGGACUCUGCUCUAUGUAGCUCUUGGUGCAGUAAGAGAUAUUCCCUCCCCUACCUUGUCUCUCUAAUAUCCUGGGACCAACACGGCUACAACAAUGUAACCCUAAUUCCUGCCUAUUAAAGAGGGCAAGCCCAGGGAUGGAGCGACUGGAGAGUGAACCAACCCUGUACUCACCCCACAAUGCUACUCCAGUGCCCCACAUUCACCCUGCAAUAGUGGCUCCAGCAGGGUCCAUUGGGGCUGGCUGGGCCCAGUGUCCUGCUCUGGACAUUGCAUCAUGGUUGGAGGGGCUGCAGUGCUACUCAGGUUUGGUCUGCCCAGCCCUCCGGCAUGGUGACACAGGGUCAGGAGUGCUGGCUAAAUGUGAGUGGGACUGUGACCUGGUGCUCCGGGUUGCUGCGACACUAACUGAAGUUUGGCCUGCCUGUCCCAUCAUGACAGAGGGUCAGCAGGAUGAUGCCGCAGAAGUGGUGCUACUCUUUGUGCCAGGAUACAACACCCACAGCAGGGGGCCAGCCUCAGCUCCCGAGCCACCACUGUGGGGUGAAUCACAGACACAGAAAACACUGUCCAUUACUUUUUUUACACGGUGCAAACCCACACCCAUAAUAAUGGUACAAACUUUCAAACCUCCCAGUUCUGUGGACCACUGUACAUCUGCCUCACCUGCAAUAACUAUUCCUCUAUCAUUGUGUAAACUUUGCCAUGCUGAGUUGGGUUGUUUGUCCUUUCAGAUGUUGGUGACGUUUGAGGAUGUGGCCAUGUAUUUCUCCCCAGCAGAAUGGGCGCUGCUGAGCGAGGAGCAAAAGCAACUUUACAGACAUGUCAUGUGGGAAAAUUACCAGACUCUGAUCUCAUUAGAAGGAAUCCAAGCCCUCAAGCCAGUGGUGAUCUCCAGCAUAGAGCGAGGAGAAAAUCUGUGUGGGCCGGGUCCUAUAGAAGAUGAAGAUGGGGACAUCCUGAGAGGAACCCACCCAGAUUUUCCAGAUGCAGAGAUCUGGGACUGGUCAGUAAUUGAAAGCUCCUUGGGCUUCUUCCUCACACAAAGCUCUUUCCCUGGAGCAGCAGGGGCGAGGAACCUGAGCAGGGCUGAGGGGCAGACUCCUGAGGAAGACUCUGGCAACCUGGAGUCACCCAGCCCUUUCCCAGGAACAUCAGUGGAGAGCCAUUCCCAGAAAACUGAGCGGGGAAGGCACCGCAAGAGGCAGUGCAGGCUCCAAAGGCAGAGGAAGCACCUGACUAGAAAGGAGUCAGGAACCCAAAGAGGCCAUCAGAGGAGAUCCAGGCCACAUCUAAAGCCUCCUGCAGAGGGAAAAGCUGGGCCCAGAAAGACCCUAUAUACCUGCCGUGUGUGCAGAGAAGAAUUCAAGGUGCAGAGAGACCUGAUAAGCCACCACUGGACGGUUCAUAGGAGUCAGAAACGGUAUCACUGUAGCGAGUGUGGGGAGAGCUUUAGGAGAAAGAAAGAUUUCAGAGCACAUGGGAAAGUUCACAGAAAGAAGAGAGACCAUCCCUGUUCUGAAUGUGGGAAGAUAUUCAACCGGUUAUCGCAUCUCAUUGCCCACCAGAGAAUACAUACGGGAGAGAGACCCUAUUGCUGUGCUGAGUGCGGAAAAAGAUUCGUCGAUAUAUCAGCUCUUAACAGCCACAAGAGAGUCCACUCAGGAGAGAGACCCUUUGCCUGCGCUGAGUGUGGAAAGCGAUUUAUGAAUUCUUCAGCAUUUCGUAAUCAUCAGGCAGUCCACUCAGAAAAGAGACCCCAUCGCUGUAACCAAUGUGGGAAAGGCUUCAAACUUGCAUCAACUCUUACUAGGCACCAGAAAAUCCACAGCAAAGAGAGACCCUUCUUGUGUCAUGAGUGUGGGAAAAAGUUCUGCCUACGAGAACAUCUGAUCAGACAUCAGAGGAUCCACACUGGGGAGCAGCCCCAUUGCUGUGCUGAGUGUGGGAAAAAAUUCAGUCUCCUUCAAAGUCUCAGGAGACACUGGGAAAUCCAUAGCACGGAGAGACUCCAUCGCUGUGCUGAGUGUGGGAAAAUAUUCGGUCAUCCAGAAAAUCUCACUAGACACAAGAGAGUACACACUGGGGAACUCUAUCGCUGCACUGACUGUGGAAAAGGCUUUGUCCGUCUACAACAUCUCACUCACCACCAGAGAAUCCACACUGGAGAGAAACCCUAUUGCUGCACUGAGUGUGGGAAAAGUUUCACCCAAUCGUCAGGCCUUAUCAACCACCAGAGAAUCCAUUCAGGAGAGCGACCCUAUCCCUGCACACAGUGUGGGAAGUGCUUUGCUCACUCAUCAUCUCUCACUGAACAUCUGAAAAUCCAUUCAGGAGAGCGACCAUAUUCCUGCAUACAGUGUGGGAAGCACUUUGCUCGCUCAUCAUCUCUUACUCAGCAUCGGAGAACCCACCCAGGAGAGCAACCAUAUUCCUGCGCUCAGUGUGGGAAGCGCUUUGCUCGCUCAUCAUAUCUUACUAAACACCAGAGCACCCACUCAGGAUAGAGACUCCUGACCCUUGUUUUUGAUGGAGGGAACUUCUUCAACCUCUCACUUCACCCUGUUCCCAAAGCCUGUAAAAGAGGGAGAAGUUAGAACUUGCUCCCACUCUGAAAUGUUCCCACCUCUUCACUAAGUAGACACAAGUUUAGGUGCUGAGUUUGUUAAAAUUAUUUUGUGUAGUCCUGGAGAUGGAAGAAUUUAACCCUAGAGGUACUGAAACAUUCCAUUGUGGGCAUUAUGGGCUGCAGCUGGGACAGAGAUGAUUGGUGUCAGGACUGCACUUUGGAGUCCACAAAUCAAUCAAACAGCCACAAAACAAAUUGAUCAGCAGUACCAGGCCAGUGUCUCCCUGUUCCUCAAGUGGGGAAAUCCGUGGCUGUGCCUGUCUGUCAGAGGGCGAUGAUGAGAUGCGACUUUAUGUCACUGUUGUCUCAUCGUUCUUGGAGGGAAUAAAAUAAUACAAGAGAAUGAUGUGUCUGAAAUGGCUGCAUUGCCAUGUGUGUAGGUGAAGACCUGCAAUCUUCCGUGCAGUGCUGACUUUAUCCAUGACUGCCUUUCUUUUUGGAGCAGGUUAUACCAGCUGCAUUUCAGUUCAAUUGUAAUAUUCUCUAAACUGUUAUUCCCACUCUAGAAAUGGGGGUGUUAGGCUUUGAACUAGUAAAAAUCUCCCAGAAUAUUCUGUGCUCAUGCUAAUCUUUAUUGUGCUAAUUUACUAGUAGUUCAAUUGUUCUAACCUUUGUUCAUUGUAUAUGUGGAAUCUGUCAGACGCAAGAUGUAUGCUCUGUUAAGGUUUGCCAAAUAUGAACUGUGUGCUAGGUACAGUUAGUGCAAAUGUGUCCUUGAUCUAAUGCUACUUGUGUGCUAUGGUCUAUUGCCAGCUAAACUGCAGUGUGCAUCAUUAGAUAAGAAAAGGUGUGUAAGGUCUGUGGAAUUUGGAAUUUUCUGUCUCCUAAAUGAGGAGAAUACAAUUAUCAGCUAAACUGUGCUCAUAGUUUGAAACAGAGUGAAGAUGUAACUGCUGCAAGACAGGUUUCAGAGGGUUGCUGUGUUAGUCUGUAUCAGCUAAUACAGUCAGGGUGGAUGUGGCCCAUUCCCAAGAGUUGACGAGAAGGCAUGAAUAUCAGCAGAGGAAAAAAAAUAUUUAUUGUAGUGCUAACGAGGCCAAUUCAAUCAGGGUGCCAGCAAUGCCUCUCUGCCACGUACAUUGACCAAACCAGACAGUUUCUAUGCAAAAGAAUAAAUGGACACAAAUCAUACCUUCUUAUCAACGGUUGAGAAUGGGCCACAUCCACCCUGAUUGUAUUGGCCUCGUUAGCACUGAUCCCCCACUUGGUAAAGCAACUCCCAUCUUUUCAUGUGCUGUCUAUUUAUACCUGCCUACUGUAUCUUUCACUCCAUGCAUCUGAUGAAUCGGGUCAUAGCCCAUGAAAGCUUAUGCCCAAAUAAAUUUGUUAGUCUCUAAAGUGCCACAAGGCCUCCUCUUUUUUCCCCCCUGCAAGACAGUUCUCUAGAUUAGCCAUUUUUCCUGUGCUUAAUUUGUCUAAGAACCAAGAAAGAUUAGUCAUAGAGAUUUCUUGAAUUGUAACUGUCCAUAUAAUUUAUGUGAAAACAUUACCUCUGGAUCAGGAACAAUUUGGUUGACUAUUGCUUUUGGUUGAUUUUUUUCCCCCCAUGCAUGUGGUAUGGCUACUGUCAAAUUCAAUACAAAAUAGAGAGGGGGGUAUGAUAUUUGGCAGAAUGUAGCCCAGACACGCAGUGUCAGCUCUGGGAAUGGCAUAUUCUUGUCUCACCACAGUGGCACUUAGGCUGCCCCGAGAAGUAUUUUAUCACUUACAGCCACUCUCAUCCCAGAUCCAGAUUUGAAUAAUUAUUAAAUAAUGUAUUAAUUUACUAAUCUACACUGCUAUGAACCU